CUGGCGCCGCCGACGCUGAGCCGCCCAUUCCCGUCUGUGCCGGCCCCCAGCCCUGAGCUGCGGCUGCUGCUGGACGGGACCGGCCGAGGAAGUUCCCAGCAUGGAGACCCUCCUGCUGCUGGCUCUCGCCGCCGCCCUCGUCGAGGUCUCCGUCCCAGGACCCCCCCCUCGUCUAACUAUCGUGAGCCACAGCUUCGAUAUCGGGCGCUGCCAGUUGAACGUGAGGUGGAACGCUUCUGCGGAGAGCGUCAAUCAUGCUUGCAAGGAGUAUCAUAGUGUGGUGUGGACUGAUGGAAUUGCAACAGACGCGUUGCUGAGUUCCUCCACCGAUCGCACUAUGGAGGUGGAGCUUGGUAAAAACCUUGGUUUUGGAGUCAGAGAGGAAUGCGGGGACAUGCGUGGAAAGUGGGUCAAUGUCACUCUUCAACAAAAUGGCACUGCAGGCACAGGGGCUGUUAAUAUCGAAUGCACUUGGUUUAUGGAAAAAGACGUGGAAUGUUCAUGGCAGCCUGGGAAGAAGGCCCCUGCUGGCACUCACUACACCCUCUCUUACUGGCAUGAAAAGAUGAAGACAAGAGAACAACGGUGCUCAAAUUACACCUGGAGCAAGGGGUCAGAAGGCACUAGAUUUGGGUGCCGUUUUGAACUUCCGUCUUCUUCAGGGCUCCCCAAAUUACAUCUUUUACUCCAAGGCAAUACUGGAGACAUUCAGCCUGUGUGUGUCUUUAGGGGCGAUACAGCUUCAUAUAUUCCUGAAAUAUUUGAUCCUCCAUCGAUUUCAAACCUCUCAAAUGUCAGAGACGGAAUAUUAGUGGAAUGGACGAGACCAGUCAACCGGAAUAAUUUGUGUUACCAAGUAGAAGAUAAUAAAAAAAACCCUUACUAUACCUUCAUGGAUUUAACGAAAGAAGUGAUCCCUGUUGAGGCUAACGAACAGCACACUUUUCGGGUGCGAGUAAGCCAAAGAUGUGAUACCUGCCCAAGAUGUUGGAGCGACUGGAGCAAGGAAAAAGUUUGGAAGCCUAAGGACAAACCACCUGACAAAACCUUUAAAAUUCUUCUAUGUACUAUGAUUCCAUUCAUUGUGAUAGUGCUGACGAUCAUUUUGCUAAUUUACCUGAAGAGUAUUAGGCGGCUGAUUCUUCCGACAAUUCCCGAUCCUGGAAAGUUUCUGAAACUAAUGUUUGAAGACCAAAAUGAAGAUCUUCAAAAACAGCCUCCAGAAGACCCACUCAAGGACGAGCAAACCCAUCCGCUGACUGUCAUGGAGCCCAUUGGAAAUGAGAACUAAGGAAGUUGGGCCGCUCUCUUUCCAUCACACAGCUUCUGAAUGUAAACCAGACGUCCCUCAGGGCAGAGUCUGACACUCCCUCAGCUGCUGGGAGAUCUCUUGAAGAUGCUGUAUUGCACACAGCAUUCCUCCCCUAAUCUCUGCUUGCUGGGAAGCAUCUCCUUGGACCAAGGAAACCAUGGGACUCAGUAACUCACAGGGCCUUCCUCACGUGACCAUGGGCAUCGUCAACUGCUCCCUUGUUUGUCAUCCUUCUUCGUUCCACCCGUCCCCAAAAAUAUGAACCCCAGCCCUUCAUUCCCUGCAUUAACUUCCUUAAACAGCAAGUUUGCUUUGGAGGACAACCCGUUCCCCUCAGGUUUUUUGCCAGUUGAACAGCAGGACCUUUCACAGCAAGCCUGGGGGAAGCUUGGCUGGUCCUCUCCAGUGGAGUUCUAGCAAGCCCCUCCAAGUGACACCAGAAACUACUCAAGUCCUUCCCAGAAGGGCUAAGACAGCUAGGCGUGUGAGGCUGGCUCUCGUUCCUGGGCCCAGGGCAUUGCCUCUUGCUCCUGGAUUUGUGCCCACAUUGUGUGUGUGGUCACAAGCACACAGGUGGAUGGAGAAACCCCGAGAAGAGCUUAUGCAUGUCCUCAUCGCUCAGCUGUGGUUUUGGAUUCAGGAGCACUUGUGUGACUCGAAGUGGGAACCUUGGGAAAGGCCACAAAGGUAUACUGUAACUCAGGCCUGCUCAGCUCCGGCCCUCCUACAGAUGUUGGCACUGAAGUGCAUCUUCUUAAAGUGUGCCGUUGAGUUGGUGUCGACUCCUGGCGACCACUGAGCCCUGUGGUUGUCUUUGGUAGAAUACAGGAGGGGUUUACCAUGGCCAUCUCCUGCACAAUAUGAGAUGAUGCCUUUCAGCAUCUUCCUAGAUCGCUGUUGACCGAUAGAGGUUUUCCCAUAGUCUAGGGAACAUACCAGCGUGGAUUCGGAUCGGCAACCUUCUGCUUGUUAGUCAAGCAUUUCCCCGCUGCACCACUUAAGGUAUAGAUGUUGGCCUACAACUCCCGUAAUCCCUGGCUAUUGGCUACAGUGGCUGGGGAUUAUGGGAGCUGUAGUCCAAAAACAGCUGGGGGGAGGGGGUGCCACCUCUCUUGAUUUUGAUGGAGCCUCACAUGACCUGGCUGCAACAGAUGGUGUGGCUGUACAGCUCAGUGGAUUGAGCCCUCUGACUCAGGUGCUUGUCAAAAUCUGUGGCAAGAUUUCCAGCCUUAUUUCCCAGUUGUGCCAACAUUUCCUGUGACUAUUGCAGCAAACUGCUGGACAGAACUGUGAUUCCCCCCCCCCCUCUUAAAGUGUUAUACACUUUUGAAUGUCUGUUUCCUUCGCGGGGGUGGGGGAAGGGAGGGGUUGUGUUUUUGUUUUUAAACGAUUGAAAUGUUUCUGUUUGUAUAAAGACUGUGCAAAUGUUUUCAGUAGAAA